AUGCCAAAAUUUUCAAAAAAAUGUAUUCAAAUGAUACAACUAACUGCUAAUUGUGAGAAAACCAAAAGACUUAAGAAAUUCACAGAUACUUUUCAAUAUCUUGAUGAAGAUUUUAAUAAU